AUGUAAAAAUCAAUAGCUUUAUGUGCAGCUUGGGUUUGUGGCUAUAUGAUUAACUCAUCUCAACCUUACCUUAAGAUGUUACAGAAUUCUAAUUAAGAUGAUGAAUCUCAUAGUUUUCAAGAAUUUAUUUAAAAGUAGAACUACUCUUAACCAAAAAUAAUUGAUUUACUUCACAAUUCUCCAGAUAGACACUUUCUUCAUAAUAUGAUUAUUUAGAAUGAAAAAGCAUUCAAUUUAUUUAAAGUUUACUUACCAAAGGAUGUAGAUAUUCAAAGUUCUGACAAUAAUCAUCAUCUUCAUAUUGUAUUUAAUGCUGCAGAUGAAGUUAGAGGAAAUAAUAAUGAUGUACAUAGUGGAUUAUUGGCAACUCUUAUAGAUAAUGCAUUUGGAUAAUUAAGCUUUUUGACAACUGGAUUCAUCCCUACAGCGACUGCUAACCUCCAAUUAAAUUUCAAUUAAACUAUUCAUACAAAUAAAGAUUAUUUAAUAAGUUGUGAGGUUGAAAAGGUUCAAGGAAGGAAAGUAUUCUUAAAAGCAAAAGUUUAUGAUAAUCAAAAUAAUAUUUGUGGUGAGGCGACUGCUUUAUUUAUUACAGUAAAUUGGGGAGGAAAACAAUGGAAACAAGUAAUCGAUACUCUUCAAAAUACUAAAUUUUUUAAUGAAGGAAUUCAGAGAAUUCUAUAUUGAUA